AUGGCAGAUGCCUGUGAAUCAUCUGGAAAGACCAUUCCAACAUCAGGUCUAGAUCCGGCGGUCCAAAAACUCAAAAGACAUAUAGAGAGUGAGCCGCAACUUCUAGGUCUCUUCGUUCAAGCAUUCCAGGAGAUUCCAGACAGUUUCCAGGAUAAACCCACCAAAGAUGGAUUUCCGCGUAUUCGCAGCUACCAUUCUAUGAUCGAAGCCAUUGACCGGGCCAUCAAAGCUGGCCCCUCCUGGAUAUCGAGUUUAGGGUCCGAUUGUGUGAUUGGUUGUCCAAUGAAUGAGGCAAUGGUAUGUAGAGCCUGACAUUUUCCAGAGUAAAACCCACAACUGAUUCAUUUGAAUUUAUGUAGAUCUGGUUGAUGAAUACCAGAGCUGGCUCUGAUAUUUUUCUUCGCGAGGAUAUCAAUCUUCAUUUGUCCAAUAUUCUUGGUGUAUGGGCUAAACACCUUUCAUCAGCGGCUUCAACCUCCGUGUUAAAUGAUGGAGAAAACGGAUGGCUAUCGCAGAACGCACUGGCGGAAAUGCUACAGGAGGUCAACAAAGCUUUCAAUGCUCCAUUCCAAGCAUCGGAUUUUGAAGAGGUAUUUGAGUGCCAGCCAUCAUUACCAUCAUACGGCUUCAGGUCGUGGGAUGAAUUCUUUACGCGUCGUUUCCGACCCAACGCACGACCUAUCGAAUCCCCGACCGAAGAUAAUGUUGUGGUUAACCCAUGCGAGUCUCAACCUCUUUUGAUAACAAGAGAUGCGCCUUUUCAAUGUCAGUUCUCGCUGAAGGGUACAUCGUAUUCCUUUGUCAAUAUGCUUGAUAACGAUCCCUAUGCGGAGAAUUUUGCUGGAGGUACGGUCUAUCAAGGAUGGCUGUCCAUUUUCAACUACCAUAGGUGGCAUACACCUGUAUCAGGACGAGUAGCAAGAGUCCUACAGAUAAGAGGGACAUACUUUGCGGCUGAUCCCUUCCAGGGAUUUCAGGAAGUUGACCAGUCGAGUGGAACACAAUCUCCAGACAGGCAAGCCCCAGACGCAUCGCAGAAGCUUUUAAGCUCCAUUGCAACACGGACAGUGAUUUUGAUACAGGCAGACAAUGCGAAGAUCGGCCUAGUAGGGUUUGUUGCCAUUGGAAUGUCUGAAAUUUCAAGCUGUAAAGCUACCGUUGCUGUUGGAGAGCAUCUUUACAAAGGCCAGGAGAUGGGCAGCUUUCAUUAUGGCGGUAGCUCCUUUUGUUUGCUAUUUGGGCCUGAAGCUACGAUACAGUUCUCACAGGUGGUAACGGACGCUCUGAAGCAACCGGUUGAGAUAGGAAGCAGAUGUAUUGCGGUAAACAGCGAGUUAGCAAGGUUGGAAUAA